AUGGCAAAGCUCACCAACUAUGUUGCCUUCGUACAUCCCGAGACGGGCACGGAGCAGAUUGGACACCUAGACCAGGAGAACGGCACGAUUCAGCCGCUCAGCUUCGGGUCCGGGACGCCGGUGGGUAACCUUUACCAGGUGAUCGAAGCCGGGUCUCGAGACCAGAUCACUGCCACCGGCUCGCCCCUGCAAGUCGGGUCCGCCAAGAUCCUACCUGUCAUCGCAGGCCGUGAUGUCCUCGCAGUAGGCAAGAAUUACAUGGAGCAUGCCAAGGAGUUCAACAGCUCCGGCUUUGACAGCUCCGACAAGGUCGAUCGCCCGAGCCACCCGGUCAUCUUUACCAAGAGAGCCACUUCGAUUAUCGCUGACGGGGAGGAGAUAUUACCCCACGAGGGCUUCACCUCGACUGUCGACUACGAAGGCGAGAUCGGUGUCAUCAUCUCAAAGCCUGGGCUCCGCGUCUCGGCAGAAAAUGCGUGGGAUUUUGUCUGGGGCUACACCAUCAUCAACGACGUGACUGCCCGCGAGCGGCAGCGUGACCAUAAGCAGUUCUAUAUUGGAAAGUCGCCCGACAGUUUCUGCCCUAUGGGCCCCAUUGCAGUGCCGAAGGAAGAUUUGCCCAAGACUCUGGGGAUCCAAACUCAUGUCAACGGGGAACUGCGGCAGAACUCAUCUACAGAGGACUUGAUCUUCUCAAUCCCCGAGCUCAUCGAGACGCUGUCCGCUGGCCAGACUCUGCAACCGGGCGACGUCUUAGCCACCGGAACUCCUGCGGGCGUGGGUAUCGGGAAGAACCCUCCGGUCUACCUCAAGCCCGGCGACGAGGUGGCCAUCUCCGUCACAGGCCUCGGCACUCUGACCAACAAUGUCGCGCAGCCGGCUGCCAGCAACACUACGGGAGAACGCAUCAGCGCCGCAAGCUCCUUCGCGCUCAUCAACUCGGACAAGGCCGUCGGCCGAGGUGACGCCUUGGCGGUCAUCGACGGCAAGCCCGUCUCAUACAACAAGCUUGGCUCCGGCCCCGAGAACAUCGUCUUCGUCCACGGCCUCGGCGGGACAAAGGACUACUGGACACCGUUGGUCUCGACACUUGCCCUGACGGACCGGGCAACAAUCCACCUGUACGACUUUGAGGGUCACGGCCAGACGCCUACACACCCCCUGAGCCCGCUGACUCUCUCAUCCAUGGCCAACGACCUCUCGGGAGUCUUCAAAGCCGCCGGCGCCUCCACCGCAGCCCCAGCAACAUUGGUAGCCCACUCCCUCGGCUGCCUCGUCGCGCUCAAAUUCACACUCGACAACCCGGGGCUCGCGCGCAGGCCGCGCUCGCCCGCGCGGCGCUCGUGCGGGCCGGGGGGCAUGGCGGCCGUCGUCGACGCGGUGGUCGCCGCGGGGACCUCGGACGCCUCGAGGCGCAGCAGCCCCGUCGGCGUCGCGGCGGUGCGCAUGUCCCUGCUCGGGCAGGACCCGGAGGCGUACGCCAAGGCCUGCCAUGCCCUCGCCGGCUCGAGCACGACGGCCCUUGGCGUCGAGGGCGUCGCGGCCCCGGCGCUGAUUGUCACUGGCGCGGAUGACAAGGUGUCGCCCCCGGCGGUGUGUGAGCAGUACAAUGCGAGGAUCAGUGGAUCCCGGCUCGUGGUGCUCCCUGAUGUUGGGCACUGGCACGUCUUGGAUGGUGUCAAUGGUGUUGCUAAGGCCGUUAAUGAGUUCUUGUAG